CUCUUCGUUUUCCUCUCCAAAAGUGGUUACGGCUUUUGCGUUUCCCUUGUACGUCUAUAUAAAGACUUAAACAUAUCUACAUGUUGCUAAAAAAAAAAACAUAUCUUCACUUCUUCCAGAGAUGUCUUCUUCGGUUGUAGAUCUUGGAGUAGCUACUAUUAGAACGACUGUUACAAGAGAAACCAGCAAAAUCAACCGUCUUGUCAAGACAUUCUUGACAAACAACCGUGAAAAGAAAAAAAUAAUUGGUCUCGACACAGAACGAGCGCUGUAUGGAAUUAGGCAAAGUAAAACCGUCUUGCUCCAGCUUUGCGAUGGAAACUGUUGCCUAAUAGUUCAGCUCCCCCCUAAUGAUCUUAAUCUUCCCGUGUCGCUCUUCAAUUUUCUCAACCUCCCUGGUUUCACUUUUGUGGGGAUUAUUGGCAUAGACAAGUCACUUAAGAUGCUGGAGACUGAGUUUGGUUUGACCUGUAAAAAUGCUGUUGAGAUCGGAACCCCCACGCGGAGCCUGAUGGCCAACGAGAUAGCUCAUUUGAAGUAUACGAUGGGUGAUAUUGUUCAGAAGGGACAUACAAGCCUAGUCUUGGGCGAUUGGGACGCAUGGGAUCUCAACAAGAACCAGAUUAAGCUCGCAGUCUCGAAUGCUUACUUCGCUUAUGGCAUGGGGAACAUUCUGCUGGAUUACUAAAUCUAAACAUUGUUUUUUUUUUCUGUUUCCUUUUUUGUCUUUCGUUAUUUUCUUCAGUCUUUUGCAUUCAGGGUUUGUCAUGGUACUAUCUACAUCAUCUUAGCCACAAUUUUAUAUAUUAACAUUGAACUUAGAAAUGUCUUUUCUGUUUUAGUGAUCAUAAUACCGAAGUGAAA